UCUGUUCAUGGCCGCCCCGUUACCAACACCACAGUGGCAAUGGCCAAUGGCGUACCCUCCAUAGACUUCUUAGAGCACGAGGCACCUCUCUUGUUGCCCCCGAGCGAAUCCAAAGGCUGGGCGGAAGUUGAUGAUUCGAAUCCGGUCACACAUCGUUACACAGUUCUUACUAGUAAGGCUCCUAGAGAUGAUCCGGUAACCGGUUCUGCCCCUUGCAGAGGUAAUUGCACAAGCCGAACGGACAGAGUGAGUCCGAGGAAUCACAUCCCUUCUCCUUUUGUUCCCCCCGUUGCCUCAAACGGUAGCACAGCUGAGCGGCUUCCACCUAUCCGCCGGCGAGUGCAACGAAGAGUGCACCGUCGACACAGGAAGAAAGGUGACACCAUCAAAGUAAGGAAAUUACUGGGUGUUUAUCGCCAUCCGACGAGAUUACAGAGUGAGCCUAGAGGCUCGAGAGUUACCGCUGUAGCUGUAGGUUCUGUGGUGUCGGUCUUGCUCUGUGUCCUUGCAGGGCUUUUGCCGUGGUGUAUGUGUCGCAACUUGGCAACGCCAGCAUCCAUCGACUCGGAGUCAGAGGAGGACGAGUCCGUCCUGAGGCCUGAGCUACUCCAGCAAGCAGCAGGCCCUGGCCGAUACAACUACUGCGAUCUGGCAGCCGCAACGAGCAAUUUCGCCCAGAGCAAGAGGAUCGUGCGAGGGGGGUUCGGGUCGGUCUAUUGCGGCUACCUGGAUGAACAGGGCCGUCAUGUGGCAGUCAAGAUGUUCUCCAUGGAAUCGCUAGACCAAGGGAGUAUGGAGUUUGAGCACGAGGUGAAGAUCAUGAGCCAGCUCAGGCAUCGGAACGUUGUCCAGCUCCUGGGCUGGUGUGAUUGCCGGAAAGGGCUCUUGCUUGUGUAUGAGCUUGUGCCUGGAGGCAGCCUGGACAAGCGUCUCCAUGACCCUGAGAAACUGUUAACCUGGCAAGAAAGGUACAAGAUCGCACUUGGCCUAGGCUCAGCCAUACAAUAUCUCCACACGGAGUGCAACCAAUGUGUCGUGCACGGCGACAUCAAACCAAGCAACAUCAUGCUUGACUCGUCGGACAGCGCCAAGCUGGGCGACUUUGGGCUAGCACGGCUUGUUGACCAUGGAGCAGAACCACAAACUACGCAGGUAAUCGCGGGGACCGUCGGGUACAUGGACCCUGAGUUUGUGAGCAGCCAGAAACGCGGCACAGAAUCAGAUGUCUACAGCUUUGGCAUUGUGCUUCUUGAGAUCGCCUCUGGCAUGCGGCCAGUGGCUUCGGGGCAGCCCUCCGUGCUGCUGCUGAGACGCGUCUGGGACAUGUACGACCGCAACUCGAUCCUUGACGCCGCAGAUGGAAGGCUCAGUGGCGAUUUUGACGGACACCAGAUGGAGCGCGUGCUCGUGACGGGUCUCUGGUGCGCGCAUCGCCACAAGAGCCAGCGGCCGUCCAUUGAGCAAGCCAUGGUUGCCCUGCGUCGUUGUAAAGAUGAUUUUGAGUCGCCGGUGGUUCCGGUUCCACUUCCGGCCAUGCAUUGGCCCGACUCCGAGCAAAUGCGUUCCCUGGAGGAACAGGCAUAUGGCGACCUGCCCACCGGAAGCUCCAGUUCGGCAUGCUUAUCUGCCGCUACUGUUUAUCAUACGCUUGAGCACUCGUCUCAUCUUCCGGUACUCGACAGGUGCUGGCACCCAUGCCAGUCGCUCUAACAGCUUAAACAUUGCAGCAGUAUGCAUGGUUUCUGAAAAUGAUCCUGCUCCUCAUUUGUGCUGCAGCAGACAAAUCUGCCUUUAAGACCAAACCAAGGUUAACAAAGUGGCAGCGGGGCUUCAAUUUCGACUUGAAGAUGCAGUUGUGAACGAAAGGGAUAGGAUAUUUGUUUCUUCUGCGAUGUGUCAUGAGAUUAUUAUGUAUAAUUUCCCUUUUUUCUGUCGAUUAUGUAUAAUUUCCGUUUUUUCUCUCGGUUGCCGUAGGGUGAAUUGUAUUAUAGGCAACUAGACUGGAGAUGCGCGCGAGUUGCCGCACCCAUUAAAUGCAUUGCUUUGUACUCCAUGUGGACAAUAUGGUUCCGCAAAAAAAAAGACAAUAUAUGGUUAAAAAUAUC